UGUUUUUUGUUUAAAUUCUGUCCAGCGAUUCAAUUCAAAUUCAAUUCUAGCAAAAACAAAACGAAAAAUUCAUUUCAUAAUCAAAAUUUGAAUAGAGAAAAAUUCGUCGACCAAACAAACAAAUUCCUGUUUGCAUAUUUAUUCCGGGGAAAAAGCUAAUUGAAUUUUCUUACCAAAAAAUUACAAAAUUACAAACGAAAAAAAAAAUGGGCUGUCCAUUAAGUAAAAGUGGUGAUGAUUCAAAUUCAUCAAGAAGACAAAAAUCAUUAGAUCCAUUCGAAACGGAAGAAAAUAUUGGUAAUAAAACAUUUGAUCCAAGAUUACCAUUAACUGUUAAACAAAAAUUUAAUCUUUCCAAAUCAUGGAAAGGAAUUUCAAGAGAAAUGGAAAUGACAGGCGUUUUAAUGUUUGUCAAAUUAUUUGAAGAAACACCCGAUAUUUUAAAUUUGUUUACAAAAUUUCAAGAAUUAAAAACAAAAGAUAGCCAAUUAAAAAGUAUGGAAUUAGCUGAACAUGCAACAAAAGUAAUGGCCAAUUUAGAUGAAAUGAUCAAUGGGCUGGAUGAUAUGGAUUAUUUUUUUCAUCAUUUACAUAAUUUAGGAAAAUUUCAUCGAAAAAUUCCUGGUUUUCAAAAAGAAAAUUUUUUGAAACUAGAGAAACCAUUUAUCGAAGCCGUAAAAGAAGUAUUACAAGAACGUUAUACAGAUAAUAUGGCCAACAUUUAUAAUAUAAUCAUUAAAUUAAUAUUACAAACAGUGGCUGAAGGUUUUGAAAAAGAUUUUGAUUGAAAAUUGAAAUAUUUUUUUUUAAGUUUUCAAUUUUCGAACCAGAAGAAAAAAAAACAUGAAAAAACUUUUUACCGGGAUUCCAAUGAACCAAAAAAAUUGUGAAACUUUUUUUUUUGUUGCCAAAAUCCAGAUUUUAUACUUUUCACUCUUUCUCAUGUCGCUACACAUCAUUGGAAAAUGGAAGCCGCCAAAACCAAAACGAAAAAAAAAAAACAA